CCGCCGAUUCAAGAUGGCGAAGGAUCUGGACGAGCUCUUGGACGAGGUCGAGUCCAAGUUUUGCAGACCGGACCCGCUGAGACCGGGCAUGGCCCAGCAGCCCAAAGGCUGCAGCGGCACCCGCGGCGGCGACCGGAAUGGAGCCGAGGCGAACGACCCCCUCAGAUUGACAGACACAUUUAAAAAAGCAGAUGAUCUUGACAGUCUUAUUAAUGAAAUCUUUGAAGAGCCUAACUUUGACAAAAAAUCUUUUAAAUUAAAAUCUAAAUCUUCGGUUGGCAUGCCUGUCAAAGGUUCCAUUCAAGGCCUUGGUAAGAGCUGCAGCCCAGUAUACCUUGGUGGAAGUACUGCGCCAUGUGGUAUUGGGACAAAUAUCUCACAGAGAGCCUGUGACCGCCUGCGCUGUAUUGCCUGCGAUUUCAGGAUAGUAAGCUACAAUGACUAUAUGUGGGACACAUCAUGUGAUUAUUUGUUUUUCAGGAACAACAUGCCCGAAUUCCAGAAAUUAAAAACAAAGCUGGUACAGAAGAAAGGCGCCCGGGCAUAUGCUUGCCAGUGCAGCUGGAGAACCAUCGAAGAACUGACUGACCUUCAGAACGAUCACCAGCUCCGUUGGGUUUGUGGUAAACACUAGAGACGCAGCGUUCAGUUCCUGUGCACAGAUCUCUGGGCACCCAAAGGACUGGGGGAGUCAUGUCCUCUAGCACUUCAGAAAGUUCCCUUUAUGACAAUACAGGCGUUUCACCUAUUACAGUGUGAUAAGCUAUCCAAAUUCUUCUUUGCUAGCCUAUGUGCUGUUCAGUGGCAGUUUAAUUCUGACAUUUCAUAUAAGCCUACAACCCUUCGUUAACAACUACAGUAUUAUUGACUGCUGAUAGAAUACACUUAAUGUAAGCGUGCCUCGUUGAUAGCCACUAACGAGGAAAAAGCUGGCCGUUGCAGAGAGCGCACUGCAGGGGCAUCUGCAUCGCCUCCACAGUCACACUCUUACUGCCAACAACAGACCUGGCAGAAACCGAGUGGCGGUGGCUCACUGGAAGGCUCUCCGUGACACAGGUGCACUGCAAAAGCACUGCCUAGAUCUGUUCUUACCUCACCAUUGCAGAGCUGUCUUACCCAUAAUAAUGAGAAAUGCGUUCUUUAUGCAUUUUUUUCUUUGAGCUGUUUUUCUUUUCCAUAUGAAAAUCAAGUAUUUAGCCUACCAUAUUAACUAAUAUGCAUUUAUGUAAAAUAUAUUUUUUAUACACCUAGAACCACACACACAAUCCCAAUUCAGAAACCAGUCUUUGUUGGAUUUUUCAAAUACUUUACCUUUAAUAACAAAAACCCCAUGAACAGCAAAUAGCCAAAUUUCUCAGGCAGUCUGUUGGAUUAGAUGAGCUCAUCGUUCAUUAGCGGAGUGCAUGGGCAGAGAAACAUGCCCUGCAUGGGCCCACGUGCAGCGGGACCAGCACUGUCUUCCCAUCUCUGAGACUGGAUUUCUGGGCAGCAGCGGGGCUUUCAGGAAGUCUUCCAAUUACCUUCUCUCCGAGCCCUUGGAGAUUCGAAGGGCUUGCCACUCGGUCAAAAGCUCUUUACCCCAUGGUCCAAUGUGUACCCCGGGGCCUGCCAAAAGGGCGCAACUCAAGAGCUGUGAUCAGGAAUGUCCCUGGCCUUGACACAUUUGGAUACUCAUCCCCUUCCUCUGCUAGGUCUCGCGCCGAGAACAGAGCCACUUCACAGUCACAGGCGCUCAUCAUUCUGUGUUAGGGACAGUGUUACAGAUUUCACUUUUCAAUAAAAAUUGUUGACUUCCUAAAAUUUAUCUCACUGUAAUUGUAUCCAAAACACAUACUCCCAGCACCGCAAGCAACGAGCGCGACACUUGCAGAACCCAGCAGAUUAAUCAUAAUCGUGGUGUCUUCUUUUCGUUCACAUGAGCAAAGUGACAAGAUUUUCAUUUGAAACGCUUGUUGCUUUGGGGUUGUUUUUAACCUGCCUUUCCAAAACUCAGAAACCAAACUCACUGCCACCGAAUACCUUUAGAGGGGCAAAAUGUUCCUGUGAUUUUAUCUUUUGAUUAUUGGAUUAUAACUGUCCUAUAAGUUGACUGUAUUAUUACACGUUUCACAUCUCACCAUGUGAUAAUUAUAAGUUUCCUAUGUCAGAAAUGUAUAUGAGUUCAUAUUUUUAUUGAUUAUUUAGUAUUGCACUGUUUUUGCUUCCCAUGUAGACAGGAUGUUAUGUUUGUAUGCAAAUAGAUAAAUUAUUACAGGUUAUCAUAUAAGCCAAAAUACAACUGUUGAAUUAUCAGUGUAGACAAAUCGCAGUUUUCAACCAACUAUAAAUUAAAAAGGCAAUGUGAAUAAAACA